CCCUCCAACGAGGCUAUUCGGUCGAAACUCACUUUUUUGGGUUUUACCGGAUGCAAAAUUCUUUUCCUUCAUGCCAAUCACGUCUUGAUCAAAGUCGAUGAUCCAAACACGUCCACCAAACUUUGGUUGAAAUGCGAAAUCUCUAUUCUUAAUUUUCCUAUGCGGAUUUUCAAGUGGUCCGCCGAUUUCGAUUUAAAAAAAGAACCACCUAUUGUCCCGGCCCUUCGAACAAUCGCCAACAUCUUUGGCACCCUUUUAAAAGUCGAUGAUGCCGCACUAAAAAAAACUCGGCUCCAAUAUGCUCGUUUUUGCGUAGCUCUCAAUCUUGAAUCCUCCCAUCCCACUAGUAUCGUCGUCUCUUGCGGAAACAAACGUGUCGAACUCAGUGUCGAGGUUGAACGCUUACCAAACUAUUGUUCCUAUUGCUCUCAUGUAGGACACGAUGACUCAACUUGCUACAUAAAAAAUUCAACCAUUCGUCCCGCCAAAAUCAACAAGGGAAAAAACCCCGACAUUGAACCCUCUCCUCAUAUUUCUCCCCCUUCUUUUGCUCUUCCGAGCUCCGCUAGCCCAUCUCUUGCCCCGGACCCGACUCCUUCGGACUUGAAACCUUCUAAUGACAAGGCUCCACCCAACCUCUCCUUAUUAGGUCCGGUUCCUUCCCCGGACCAAAUCCCUGGGCCUUCCACUUUCCUUGAAGCGGGACCACGCAAUGUGCCUGACUCAUUGGAGCCAGGUUCACCUAAGCCCAAUUCAAUGACUGUUGAAUCUUGCUCUUCUGAUUCUGAUCCGGACUCCCCAAACCACUCGCACCACUUUUUUGAAUUUGAAGAUGACUUUACUGUCGCCCCAAACAUGCGUAAAAAACCAAUCAUUUCUGACCCCUCCCCCUCUGCCUUGCCCCAUUCUCCCCAGAUCUACACCAACUCUUCGGGAAAAAAA